AUGUCUAAAUACGGGAUUAACGACAGGAACUGUGGCCUCAAAGGCUUCACACGCGAAACCAUUGAGAUAUUGUAUAACAACACUAAAUGUUUUCACAACAGCUAUAGUCCACAAACAGUGAUGGAUAUGUCUGGUCCGCCCCUAUGGCGUGAACAGGAUCUGACGACCAGUCGUAUAAUGGGUCGGGUGCGCAAAGCGAAGUUGGGCGAAGCACCAUGGGUGGUUAGCAUUAUCAGCUAUGGUUAUAAGUACGAACGAGGUACCGUAUCUGGGGGUGUAGCACCUUGGAAAAAGUUCAGCAUUGAGUGCAGCGGUGUAUUGGUUACCAAACGAUGGGUUUUAACGGCCGCCGAAUGUCUCAUACCGUUUGGUAAUAAUAAAGAGAAUGGAGUGGGAAUAGUGGGAAAAGUGCAGUGUAAGGUUAACUAUACUUACUAUGGCGUCGGCCGCACAGACGGCGUGGCUCUGUGUCGGCUCCAUCAGGACUUCAACAUCCAGGUAGAGGGUGGACACAUGUUGGUCAACACCGUAUGCCUGCCUGAGUCGGGUCGAGUGCUCACUCACACCGAGUUGGCCACAAUGUACGGCUUUGGAGAGACUGACUCGUAUAAGGCUACUGAUAAUUGGUUACGUAAGGGUGUGAUUAAACUACAGCCGUCCAGCGCUUGUCCCGAUUCCUAUCCCGAAAACCUGUGCUCCGAUUACAAGAGAGACAACAUAUCCGCGCCCUGUUAUGACAAGUGUUUAGUCGAUGACUUUGUUUGUGGGCACCAGUCCUGUGGAUAUUCAUCUAAACGCUAA